CACUCAAUCCUCUCCUUCUUCGGUGUUUCUCACUUCUUUGGCCGUAAACCCUAGACCUCGAUCUCUUCGAAGAAGAAGAAGAAGAAGAGGAGGAGGAGCAGCAGCGAUGUACCUAUAUAGCCUGACGCUGCAGCAGGCGACGGGCAUCGUGUGCGCCACCAACGGCAACUUCAUCGGCGGCAAGACCCAAGAGAUCAUCGUCGCCCGAGGCAAAACCCUUGAUCUCCUCCGCCCUGACGAUGCCGGCAAGAUCCAGACCAUUCACUCCGUCGAAGUCUUCGGCGUCAUCCGCUCCCUCGCCCAGUUCCGCCUUACUGGCUCCCAGAAAGACUACAUCGUCGUCGGCACCGAUUCCGGCCGCAUCGUCAUCCUCGAGUACAGCAAGGACCGCAACUGCUUCGAUAAAGUCCACCAGGAGACCUUCGGGAAGUCUGGCUGCCGCCGCAUCGUUCCUGGCCAGUAUCUCGCCGUCGACCCCAAGGGCCGCGCUGUUAUGAUCGCUGCUUGCGAGAAACAAAAGCUCGUGUACGUUCUCAAUCGCGACACCGUUGCCCGCCUCACCAUCUCUUCCCCUCUCGAAGCUCACAAGUCCCACACCAUCACCUACUCCAUUACCGGCGUUGAUUGUGGCUUUGACAACCCUAUCUUCGCGGCCAUCGAGCUUGACUACUCCGAAGCGGACCAGGAUCCCACCGGCAAGGCCGCUCUCUAUGCCCAGAAGCAUCUCACCUUCUACGAGCUCGACCUCGGCCUCAAUCACGUCUCCCGGAAGUGGACUGAACCUAUUGAUAACGGGGCUAAUCUCCUUGUCACCGUCCCCGGCGGCGGCGAUGGGCCCAGUGGCGUCCUUGUUUGCGCUGAGAACUUUGUCAUCUAUAAGAACCAUGGUCACCCGGAUGUGCGUGCUGUCAUUCCCCGGAGAGCUGACCUCCAUACUGACCGUGGUGUCCUGAUUGUCUCUGCUGCAAUGCACCGGCAGAAGUCCAUGUUCUUUUUCCUCCUUCAGACUGAAUAUGGCGACAUCUUCAAGGCCACUCUUGAACAUGAUGGUGAUCGGGUUUCUGAGCUCAAGAUCAAGUAUUUCGACACCAUCCCAGUGACAUCUGCAAUGUGUGUUCUCAAGACUGGUUUCCUUUUUGCUGCGUCAGAGUUUGGGAACCAUGCGCUGUAUCAGUUUCGUGCCAUUGGAGAUGGGGAUGAUGUGGAGGCAUCCUCUGCCACUUUGAUGGAGACUGAAGAGGGCUUCCAGCCACUAUUCUUCCAGCCCCGUGGGCUUAAGAACUUGGUGAGGAUUGAUCAGAUAGAGAGCCUGAUGUCAAUCAUGGAUAUGAGGGUUGCCAACCUGUUUGAAGAGGAGACACCCCAAAUAUUCACUCUUUGUGGCAGAGGGCCUCGCUCAUCCCUUCGAAUUUUGAGGCCUGGGCUGGCAAUCAGUGAGAUGGCUGUCUCACAACUCCCUGGUGUGCCCAAUGCAGUCUGGACUGUGAAGAAGAAUGUGAAUGAUGAGUUUGAUGCCUACAUUGUUGUGUCCUUCGCCAAUGCUACGCUUGUGCUAUCUAUUGGUGAGACGGUGGAGGAAGUCAGUGAUAGCGGUUUCCUUGAUACUACACCUUCAUUAGCAGUUUCUUUGCUUGGUGAUGAUUCUCUUAUGCAGGUGCAUCCCAACGGAAUAAGGCAUAUAAGAGAGGAUGGGCGUAUAAAUGAGUGGAAGACACCUGGAAAGAAGACCAUUGUUAAGGUUGGGUCCAACAGGCUUCAAGUCGUGAUUGCUCUGAGUGGUGGUGAGCUUAUUUACUUCGAAAUGGAUAUGACAGGUCAACUGAUGGAGGUGGAGAAGCAUGAGAUGCCAGGAGAUGUAGCUUGUUUAGAUAUUGCGCCUGUUCCUGAAGGGAGGCAGAGAUCUCGCUUCCUUGCUGUUGGUUCUUAUGACAACACAAUUCGGAUUUUGUCAUUGGACCCUGAUGACUGUAUGCAGAUAUUGAGUGUGCAGAGUGUUUCCUCACCUCCCGAGUCCCUGCUGUUGCUGGAAGUGCAGGCUUCUGUAGGUGGAGAGGAUGGUGCGGAUCAUCCUGCAAGUGUGUUUCUAAAUGCUGGCUUGCAGAAUGGUGUUCUCUUCAGGACGGUUGUAGAUAUGGUUACUGGUCAGCUUUCAGAUACUCGUUCUAGGUUCUUGGGUCUGAGAGCUCCCAAGCUCUUCUCAGCUAUUGUGAGGGGUCGGAGGGCAAUGCUUUGCUUGUCAAGUCGUCCUUGGCUUGGUUAUAUUCAUCAAGGGCAUUUCUUGUUAACACCUCUCUCCUAUGAAACACUUGAAUAUGCUGCAUCAUUUUCAUCAGAUCAGUGUGCUGAAGGUGUGGUUGCUGUUGCUGGAGAUGCUUUGAGGGUUUUCACAAUUGAGCGGUUGGGGGAGACAUUCAACGAAACUGCCAUUCCCCUAAGAUAUACUCCCCGCAAGUUUGUACUUCAGCCAAAACGGAAACUUUUAGUCAUUGUUGAGAGUGAUCAUGGAGCAUUCACUGCAGAAGAGCGAGAAGCUGCUAGGAAGGAGUGCCUAGAAGCUGCUGGUAUGGGGGAGAAUGGAAAUCCCAAUAAUGUUGACCAGAUGGAGAAUGGUGGAGGUGGUGGUGAUGAGGAGGAAAAUGAAGACACACUUUCUGAUGAGCAAUAUGGCUACCCAAAGGCAGAGUCAAACAAAUGGGCUUCUUGCAUCAGAAUUCUCGAUCCUAGGACAGGGAAUACAACCUGUCUUUUGGAGCUGCAGGAUAAUGAGGCUGCCUUUAGUGUGUGUACUGUGAAUUUCCAUGAUAAGGAGCAUGGCACUCUCUUGGCUGUUGGCACGGCAAAGGGGUUGCAGUUCUGGCCUAAGAGGAGCUUGACUGCUGGAUUCAUUCACAUAUAUAGGUUUGUGGAAGAAGGAAAAUCUCUCGAGUUGCUGCAUAAGACCCAAGUAGAAGGUGUCCCUCUUGCACUUUGCCAGUUUCAAGGGAGGCUGCUUGCAGGGAUUGGAUCGGUGCUUAGGUUGUAUGAUCUAGGGAAGAGAAGACUUCUGAGGAAAUGUGAAAACAAGCUUUUCCCCAAUACCAUCAUGUCAAUUCAUACCUACCGGGACAGGAUUUAUGUUGGCGACAUCCAAGAGUCAUUCCACUACUGCAAGUAUAGGCGGGAUGAGAAUCAACUGUAUAUCUUUGCUGACGACUCUGUCCCAAGAUGGCUUACGGCAUCACAUCACAUUGACUUUGAUACCAUGGCCGGGGCAGACAAGUUUGGUAAUAUUUACUUUGUCCGACUACCACAGGAUGUGUCUGAUGAAAUAGAAGAGGACCCCACGGGUGGGAGGAUCAAGUGGGAGCAGGGGAAGUUGAACGGUGCUCCCAACAAGGUCGAGGAGAUCGUACAGUUCCAUGUUGGCGAUUUGGUGACCUGUCUUCAGAAAGCUUCACUGAUACCAGGUGGGGGUGACUGCAUUAUUUAUGGUACAGUGAUGGGAAGUUUGGGGGCAUUGCUUGCAUUCACCUCAAGGGAAGAUGUGGAUUUUUUCUCUCAUUUGGAGAUGCACAUGAGGCAAGAACAUCCUCCUUUGUGUGGAAGAGAUCACAUGGCCUACAGAUCUGCUUAUUUUCCCGUGAAGGAUGUAAUUGAUGGUGAUCUUUGCGAACAAUAUCCAACGCUUCCUCCUGAUUUGCAGAGAAAGAUCGCAGAUGAACUGGAUCGCACGCCAGGUGAAAUCCUUAAGAAACUUGAAGAUGUUAGAAAUAAGAUCAUAUGAGGUGGAUUUUUUGGGAUUAAUUAUGACAAUUCAGAAGGUUUCCUUGUUUCUACUCAUAUGAUGAACCUCUGGAGGAACACUAAUUCUUAAUGACAUAGUGAAUCGGAUGGUUGGAUGAGGCUGCAUGUGUUUCUCAUCUACGUACUAAUUGUUGUAGUGGAGCUGCACCCUGUUUUUGGUUUGUGUUUGAACUUUUAAGGAAGGCAUGGGAACUGGUCAGCAAAUUUCAUUUGGAGUAGCAUCAACAUGAUAAGCCAAGAACUGUGUACUGGUGUGUGUUAGUAGUCUAUUUAUUUUUAAGAUCGGAUGUUUUAUUUUUCCUAUUGUAUGUUCUAGAUAUAAUUGCUGAAAAUUAGUGUAAUUAAACACGUUUUAUACUUUUUAGUAUCUUUCUUUCCAUCUUUCUUUA